AUUUCAUUCUGGUUGAACAUUUCUGCCAUGGCCUUUGACUCUCUCUCUCUAACUGGUUUUUUUCUCCCCCCAAAAUAACGUUGCUGUUUCCAGCACAAUAACAAUUCAACUUUUACUUUUAUGCUUUGCUCAGUCUCUGCUCUCCUGUGAUAUUUCAUGUUUUGCAGUGUUGAGGUCAACCCACACUAGUCAACGCAACUCCUUCUCUUCGCUUCAUCCACACGUUGCUGUCCUUGGAAAACAGAGUUUAUAUGAUGUCGUCGUCGCGAAGUUUAUGAAUUGUUGAGGUAUUCUAGACUGAAGCAGAAUGGUUCUGGAUGCAGAAACUAUUCCUAAUGUGAUAGAGGCACUUGUGGAGGUGAUACAUGCUGCGAAAGAUGUGUUUUUUAAGGACAGUUUUUCGAAGCUUUCUGCCAGUUUACUUGGGAUUAUACCUAUACUGGAGGAAUUGAAUAAAAAGAAUGUAUAUGAUUCUCAAGUACUGAACAAUGCGCUUGAAAUUCUUGAUCGGGAGGUUAAGGAAUUCAAGAAAGUCGUUCUGGAAUGCAGCAAAAGAAGUAAAGUUUAUCAGUUUGUCAAGUAUCGUUUUGUUUCCAAGCGCAUUGAAGAUAUUAACAAGGAGAUCAUCCAUGCAUUGAGCCUUAUCUCGUUGGCUUCGCUGGAUGUUUCAGCAAGUAUAAGAGAGAAUGUCAACCAGCUAUGUGACAGUAUGCGCGCUGCUGAAUUUAAGACGGCGACAGCCUAUGAAGAUAUUUUGGACAAGAUAGAUUCAGGAAUUCAAGAGAGGAAUAUUGACCGUGCCAACGCUUAUAAAUUAGCUCUUAUGAUAGGACAGGCUGUUGGAAUCUCAACACAGACUGCAUUAAAACAGGAAUUUGAAGGAUUUAAGACUGAGAUUGAAGAUGCAAAGCUGAGAAAAGACCAGGCAGAAGCCAUACAGAUGGAACAAAUAAUUGCGCUGCUUGAAAGGGGUGAUGCUACUUCCUCUUUCGAGGAAAAAGAAAAGAAAUAUAUUAGUAAACGGAAUUCUUUAGGUACUCAGCCACUAGAACCUCUUCAGUCCUUUUAUUGUCCAAUUACUAGGGAAGUUAUGGAAGACCCUGUGGAGACUUCUUCAGGGCAAACAUUUGAGAGAAAAGCCAUUGAGGAAUGGCUUGCAUCUGGGAGCAAUUUAUGUCCCAUGACCAACAUUGUUUUAGAAACUCCAUUAUUCAGGCCUAACAAAACUCUUAGGCAAUCAAUUGAAGAAUGGAAAGAUAGAAAUACCAUGAUCUCAAUUGCAUCUAUGAGACCAAAACUCUUAUCAGGGGAUGUAGAGGAAAUCAUUCACUGCUUAGAAGAGCUACAGGAUCUUUGUGAACAAAGAGAUAUACAUCGGGAAUGGGUGAUAUUGGAAAAUUACAUACCUGUUCUAGUUAGUUUUCUGAGAGCAGAAAACCGGGAUAUCAGAACUUGUGCUCUGGUCAUUCUUCAUAUCCUGUCUAAAAACAACGAUGAUACAAAGGAAAUAAUAGCAAAAUCUGAUGAUGCCCUUGAAUCUAUUGUUCGCUCUCUUGGACGUCGUGAUGGGAAGUUGGCUGUAGCUUUGCUGUUAGAAUUAUCAAAGAACGAUUCUUUGAGGCAGAGUAUCGGAAAGGUCAAAGGCUGCAUAAUCUACUUGGUGACUAUGUCAAACAGCACUGACAGCCAAUCUGCUAGAGAUGCAAGGGAUCUCUUACAGAAUCUAUCUUUUUCUGAUGAGAAUGUUAUCCAGAUGGCCAAGACUAAUUAUUUUGAACAUCUUCUGGAGCGCCUAUCUUCAGGACCAGCAGAUGUGCAGUUGAAAAUGGCAAGAACCUUGGCAGAAAUGGACAUAACUGAUCAUUAUAAAUCUUCUCUGUUUGAACAAGGUGUACUGCAUUCACUUCUUCAGUUGAUGAAAGAGGGGGAUGAUCAGAUGAAAGAAGUAGCAGUUAAAGCUCUUCGGAACCUAUCAGACCUUCCACAAAAUGGGUGGCAUAUGAUCAGGCAAGGUUCUGUGAGCACACUUCUAAGUCUUCUUUACCACCCUUCCUCGUCAACUAGUUUGCGUGAACAAGCUGCUGCCACCAUCAUGCAUCUUGCAAUAUCAACAACAGUUGAAAAUACUGGUGAAUCACCAGUGUCAUUGUUUGAAUCUGAUGAUGAGAUUAACACUUUUUUUUCCUGCAUUAUCUUGGCUGUACCUGAAGUGCAAGAAAGUAUACUGCGCUCUUUCCAAGCUAUCUGCCAGUCUCCCUCUGCCUCGAAUGUUAUGAAAAAGUUAAAUCAGAGUACAUCAAUACAAGUUUUGGUUCAACUGUGUGAGCUUGAUGACCACAAUGUUCGGGUGAAUGCUGUUAAGUUGCUCUAUUGCCUAACAGAAUAUGGUACUGAAGACAACAUCAUGGAGCAUUUGAGUCAAAAUUUAACUGAGACAUUAACCAGAAUCAUCAUGACUUCUAUUGACAGUGAGGAGAUCGCUUCUGCUAUGGGUAUUAUCUCCAAUCUAACAGUGUCACCCCAGAUAAGUGAGUGGCUUUUGGAAGCAGAGGGGCUUUCUAAGAUCUUAGAUCAUCUUUGUGAUGGCAGGAAAAAUGGUCAAUAUAAGAAUCAAUUAAUUGAAAAUGCUUUGGCAGCAAUAUGCCGUUUCACUGCUCCAGAAAAUCUGCAAUUGCAGAAAAUGGCAGCUGAAAAAGGCAUAAUUCCAGUGCUGGUAGAAUUACUAGAGCAAGGAACUAGUUUGACUAAACGACGAGCUGCCACUUCCCUUGCACAGUUCUCAAAGAGUACCCCUGCACUGACAAAGCCAAUCCCGAGGCGUCAUGCACUCUGGUGCUUCUCAGCUCAAGCAGAGGCCGGUUGCCCUGUUCAUGCAGGAUUCUGCACAGUUGAAUCCUCGUUUUGCCUGGUUGAGGCUGGUGCAGUUGCAUCUCUAGUAAGACUUCUUGGAGUACAAGAUACUGGAUUAUGUGAAGCUUCUUUGGAUGCCCUAUUGACUCUUAUUCAAGAUCCAAGACUUAAAAGUGGAAGCAAGGUGCUUGAUGAAGCAAGAGCUAUACCUUGUAUGAUCAAAUUACUAAAUGUACCUUCUCCCCCACUGCAGGAGAAAGUUUUAAGUUGUUUAGAACGAAUGUUUACCUUACAAGAGUUGAGACAGAAGUAUGGAGGAUCAUCUCAGAUGCCGUUAGUUGAAUUGACUCAGCGGGGACAUAACACCAUAAAGUCUUCAGCUGCUAGGAUUUUGGCUCAGCUCAAUGUUCUACAUGAGCAGUCCUCUUAUUUUUGAUGGAGGUUUCUGGUCUCCAAACUCAUCUUAGUAGAAGACAUAUUAUUACUGCAUAGAUGAAUCUAAUGAUCGCUUCAAGAAGUUCCUUCAGGUUCUUCAAUUUGUGAGAUGUAAAGAAUCCCUGAACAUAGUUGGUUGGUGAUCCUAUUGGUGACUGCACAUUGCAGACCAUUUAUUUUGAUUCUUGGAAGAAAUUCGUGUUGUUCGUAUAUUUUUGGCAAGGUGGGCAGGGUUUAUAGGCACGCCCUUACCUUGACAUACUUAUGCCCACAUGCCUAGAUUUGAAUCCUCAGCAUCUCGUCACCAUUCUCAGAGGAAUAGGGAUAUCUCCUAGACUACACUCAUUAUUGUAUUAAAGUUGUCUAGUCGGAUGAAAGCCUUGUCAUCCAUAGCAGCAUUUAGACUUCUUGUAAUUUAUGUUCAUAUGAUAGGUAGAAAAGAAAAUUCUGAACCUGGCUGUUCAGCCGCUUAGCUGAGAUCAUAUUGUAUGAGUUGAUAUUUUCAUAGUCAACAUAAAUGUUUAUUCGAUUA